AUGUUAAAUCCAAAUAAAAUUAUUAAAGAAGGUGACAGAGUUGUUAUGUAUAAUGGAAAAGAUAAUAUGGCAGUAUUAACAAUGGAAUCAAACAAUGUAUAUAAUAGUAAAUUUGGAAGUUAUCGUCACAAGAAUAUAAUUGGUAAAGAGUAUGGCUCGAAAUUAAGCUCUGAUAAUGGUAAUGGAUUUUGUCAUGUUAUAGCAAUGACACCAGAACUUUGGAGUAUCACAUUAGAUCAUCGUACACAAAUUUUAUUCAACCUCGAUAUCUCUACCAUUAUCUUCAAUUUAGAAUUAAAGAAUGGUUCAAGAGCAGUCGAAAGUGGUACUGGUAGUGGAUCACUCUCAAGUUCAAUAGCACGUACAAUCGCACCAAAGGGUCAUUUAUUUACAUUUGAAUUUCAUGAAGAACGUGUUAAAUUUGCAAGAAAAGAUUUCAAAGAUAAUGGUUUAGAUCAAUACAUCACAGUCACACAUCGUGAUGCUUGUGGAAAAGAAGGUUUCCUUCGUCAAGAUAUAAAUAAUGAUAUUGAUGCUGUAUUUUUAGAUUUACCAUCACCAUGGGAUGCUAUUGAAAAUGCUAUAGCUGUUAUGCAUGAUGGUUCAAUGUUAUGUUCAUUUUCACCAUGUAUUGAACAAGUUCAAAAUACAUGUUUAAAAUUAGCAGAUUCUAAAUUUCAAGAAAUUAAAACUAUUGAAGUUUUAAUUCGUACAUUUGAUACAAGAUUACAAGAAUAUGAAGAAUUAAAUUUAACAAAUCCAUAUAUAGAUAAUAAUAAUAAUAAUAAUAAUAAUAAUAAUAUUGAAGAAAAUAGAGGUAAAUUUGAAAUUGGUGGUAUUGAAGGAUUAAAAAAAGAUAAAUUAUUAUCAAAACCAUUCACUGAAGCACGUGGUCAUACUGGUUAUUUAACAUUUGCACGUUAUUUACCAAAUGCUUAA